ACACCGACAAGCUGUAUCAGACGUGUUAAGGUGAAGUCGUGUUUUUCAACAUUGUCCUUCCUGCAUCUUCCUGAUAGAUCUGCUUUACUGAGUAAUGGAUCCCAUUCCUAAACUCAAAAGGAACUACCUUCUCUGUCCUGUCUGCAAGAAGACCUGGGAUUGCCUGUCAGUGCAUCUGCACAGAGUCUGCAUGAAGACAGAUCCUGAAGAAGCCAUUGAAGCAGCAGUGGAGCGGGCAACGGCGGAAAUGCGUGUGCUUCUGUCAAAAGGCAGGGUGUUUAAGUACGACCGGCUGGGUCAGAUUUUGGGCUCUGCUGACCCAAUGGGCAGGAUGAUUGAGGAACUGGAGAGUCGCUUUUUGGUGGUGACCGGUGUGCCCCCACCACUACCUACUACCACUGCAAGGGCAGAGCCUUCCUCCUCCAGAGCCACACAGCCAACAGGGUUGGACAGUGAACAGUCAGAGAGCUCCUCUGUCAGUGGUGGCAAAAGCAGUUUUGAGACCUUUCAAUGUAACCCUGGUGUGCAGUGGACCAACCCGGUAAGAAAGCUAAUGGCAGAGAAGGGGCUUUACAAGAAGCACUCUAUCGACCAUGCAUUGCUGAAGGGUUUUUUUUCAUUUUUGUGGAAAGACCUUCAAAAUGAGAACCCUAAACAGGAGGUUGAAAACGUUGCACGUUUUCUGUGUUACAUGGACCCUCAGGCACCAUCCCUGGAAUUUGUCAGGGACAGGGAGAAGACUCAGCAGUUUUUCAGGGAGCUGACUGAUGCGGGGCUUUCAAAGCAGACUCAACUUAUCUACAUGAAAAACCUGAAAAGAUUCCUCACCUACCAGACGAUCAACACCAACCUAAGGCAUGAUGACAGGGAACUCCAUACAGACUGUAGGGAGUUCAUAGACUACCUUGGACUACUGCAGAAGAGCUGCAGUAAGAAAGUGAGCAAGGAGAUUACACAAAAAAGCUGUGCUCAGGGCCGCCAAAGGAGACUUCCUGGCCAUCAAUCGGAAGCUGCUCUCAGUGAAACUGUUGACCACUGA